UAAGCUCAGCUGUAAUAGUGAACUGUAUUUCGUUUUUUUCUCAUCUUUUCAUUUCGUGUUAAUGAACAGAACAAGUCUAAUUGUUAUUUAUUGAUUAAUCGUUUUUCUUCUGAAUCUUAUCUAAUUUAUUAACUUGAAUUGCUCUACGUAUUUCAUCAAUUGCAUUUCCAUGUCUAUAACCAUGCUCUGUGUGCUACAAUGAUCUCAUUGACUUUCUAAUCGUGAUUUCAGCCAGUAAUCUCAAUUAAUUAGUUGUAAUAUUUAGUUAAUCUUCUAUUCUAAUUAUUUAACGAGAUGGCUCUCAUCACUUUACGGGAUUUACGUAAAGUCCUUCAUCCACAUUAUCUGGUCAACAUUAUUCUAUCGCUCUCAUUCAUCCUCAUGAGAAAAAUUCAUCCCUUCUGUACAUACUUGUUUGACUCUUGCUCAUUAAACCACAAAGAAAGUGAAAUCUUGUUCUUCGCUGCUAUUAUAAUUGUAUUCAGAACUAGGAAACAAGGUGCUGUCAAUUUUCUUCCAUACAUUGGAACUGCCUGUAUGUUUUCAAAAUUGGCUGGAUUACUUCUUUGGUUUUUAGCCGAUCCUUUGUACGGAGUAUUGUUCGCAGUUCUUUGCCUACUUCACCUUCUUUUGAUGCCUGAACCCUGUUACAAAGGGCCAGAAAAUAUGACAUAUUUUAAUGGAAACGAUCUUGAAGAAAGCAUAAAACGAGAAAAAGGGACUGUUUGGCUGAUUGAACUUUACGCAGCUUGGAAUCCUACUUGUAUUGAAUUUGCACCUACCUUCUCAGAACUUUCAGCAAAUUACGCCUUAGACAAUCUCAAGUUUGGUAAAGUUGAACUAUCGAGAAACCCUGAAGUUGCUGAUAAAUACAAAAUUAACACUUCCCCAUUGAGUAAACAAAUGCCAACUUUAAUUCUGGUCAAAAAUGGUAAAGAAGAAAUGAGACGGCCUUUGGUCUCAAAUAACGGAAAACUUGUCACAUUCAAUUUCAACUAUGCCAAUGUAGUCUCAACAUUUGACCUCAACAAUUUGCACAUUGACUGCAAAAAAGCGUUAAAAGAUAAAAGUAAAACAAAGCAACAUCUAAAAGAUGAAUAGAUAUAGCUGACCUGCGAUUUAUUGCCUUUUAAUAGUUCAUUUAACCUAAUAUACUUCUUUAUAUGCUUACCAAAGCUAAUCGUACCCAGUGAUUUUGUAUUUCAAGUGUUAGUCGGCAAUUUUUUCUAUUUAUCUUUAAUGUAAAUUAAUGAUAACCAUAAAGGUUAUUUUAGUUAAAAUAUCUUUUGUGCUCACUCAUAAUACAAAAAUUGAUGUAUAAUCACGGGCAAAAAAACAUCCUUCAGACUCAAUUUAUUGCUACAUGUAUUGGCGUUCCUUACAUUAUAAUCGACAGCCAUAAGAAAUAAUGGACCAUAAAUCAGCCUAUUAA